AGGGCGGAGUUAUUGUUACUUGGCAACAGAAGCAGCUGUCAAACGGAUUUCGUGAGCAAAUAUUUCUUUAAAAUUUAUCAAAAUGCCUCAAAACGACGUAGAAAACAGAAUGAUGGAGCCUCCUCAGGUUUAUGUGGAAAGGACUCUUGCUCUUAUAAAACCAGAUGCAAUCGACAGAGCGGAUGAAAUCGAGGAAAUUAUACUGCAGUCAGGAUUUACAAUAUUGCAGAAACGCAGAGUCCACCUCACACCAGAACAGAUGAGUGAUUUCUAUGCAGAACACUUUGGCAAGAUGUUCUUCCCAAGUCUGGUUGCUUACAUGAGUAGCGGCCCUAUCAUUGCCAUGGUCUUAGCAAGGGAGAAUGCAAUUGGAUACUGGAGAGAGCUGUGUGGCCCAACCAACAGCAUGAAAGCCAGAGAAACACACCCAGACAGCAUCCGCGCUAUGUAUGGUAUUGAUGAUCAACAGAAUGCUGUACAUGGGAGUGAUGGCUAUCAUAAUUCAGAGAGAGAAAUCAGAUUCAUGUUCCCAGACAGUGUGAUUGAACCUAUUCCUGUUGGUCAAGUAGCCAAGGACUACCUUGCCAAGGUGGUGAACCCAACUCUCCUCAAGGGACUCACAGAGCUCUGCAAACAGAAGCCUAAAGACCCAGUGAUGUGGUUAUCUGACUGGCUGCUGGUGAACAACCCGAAUAAGCCAACAAUAAAUGAAGGUUUCACUGUCGAAGAGCCUUAGAGAUCCCCCACUCAAGAAUGAACUAAAUACCUAUGAACAGAGAUUCCAUAACAACGUUAUAUCUUACUAUCAUCCAAGGGGACCGCCUUCGACAAGCAUGUCUGAAUAGAGUCAACACUUCAUCUUCGUUCAUUCCAACGCAGCAAGCACCACUCAAUUUUUCGGUUUACUCGACUUGGAUUUAAUAAUCUUCAAGCUCGUACUACUAGGGAGACACCAAUGCUACAUUGGUAUUCAGUUCAACCAAUGAAAUGUAAAAGUUAAGGAAUGCAUAAUGCCACUUCCCUGUAUAUCAAAGUAUAUUUUGGUACAACAUGUAUUUCCUGUUUCUACUAGAAUUAAGAUAUUGCAAUUGCCAAUAGAAAAGAAAGCUCUUUGAAAAUUUACAUUGUUUAUGAAAUGCUUUUCAGACCAAACUUUUCUGUACGCCCGAGAGCCCUUUUAUAGCUUUUACAACCGUGUCUACUCAGUAGUUCAUGAUUCAAUUGACUUUUGAAGGUGUAAUUUAUAUCUAAAUAUUCGAUUUGCCUUGGAUAACUUAUAUUCCUACUGGAAAGACGAUUGGAAAAUACUCAGAGGGAUCGGAUAAGUUAUAUGAUAUUUCAGCAUUCUCUUGUAAUAAGAAAAUAAGAAAAUAAAUUAAAAUAAACAAUUUGUACAUAUAUGUUUUAUGAACUUGACAUCAUCUAUUUCUAUAAUUAUAAGCCUCUCCUUUACAUGUAGGAGAUCUUUAAUGUGUAUUCUCAUGUCAAUGAUAUUGUCAUUAUCUAUUCAUUCAGUUUGGGAGUGGGGUAUGCUAUGCCUUCCUUACAUUUCACAAUGAUCAUUUCAUUGUUAUUCAAUUAUAUUUUGUUUCACUACAUUUAUUUCAUUGUCGAAUGCCUAGCAGUACAUUGAAGAUGUUUCAGUUUCUAUGACAUUGAUGGAUGUAUGAUGUGUAUCAAAUUUCUCAUAAUUUUAAAUAUGAAGAAAGACUAAACAAAAAAUGAAAGAAAAGUAUCACAUCACUACAGAAGGAAUACUGAUUAGGGUUCACAUUCAAUGUGUUUUUGAUGAUUUGAAAAUCAAUCUCUCCCACUUUCUCUCUCUCUCUCUCUCUCUCUCUCUCUCUCUGUACAGCUGUGAAUAUAUGUAUAUUUUGUUUAUAUUUUGAAUGAGUAAAUGAUAAUUGAAAAGAGAA